GGUACUGUACGUAAUUUUUGCUGUUCAGAAAACCUAAAACAAAUCUCAUAACCGAAUCAGAUAAUUGAAGAAAAUAGAACAAAAAAAUCCAUAGUAGUUAGGCAGCAGAAAGACAAAGUAUUUAAAGUAAAAGUAUUAUAAUCUGUUAAAAUUUUAAGGCCCUAUGCUUCGAUCAAUAAUAGUACGCCCUAUGUCUAGAAAUUAUCUGAUGUCAAAGUUUUUUGUUUACUAAAUCAUUAAUACACAGCAAAUUCUGAAGUAGAUCUUGAGAUUAAUUUUGAAAAGUCAUAAUGGCUUUCGUUUACCAAGGAGAUGCCGAAUUAGAAACUAAAGCAAAGAAGGCUGCCGAAAGAAUAUCUGAGAAUAUGCACAUCGUAGCCAACGAACCUUCACUAGCACUGUACAGAUUACAAGAACAUGUAAGGAAGGCCUUGCCUCCUAUGGUGGAAAGAAGAGUUGAGGUCACAAAACUACAACAUGAAUUGCAGGGGAGGUGUUAUGAUGUUGAAUAUGCAUUAAGUGCUGUAAAAUCUAUGGAUGGUGCUGCAACAAGCUUUAAAAACAUACAAGAAAUGUUAAAACAGUGCAUAUUUUUAAAGCAGCAACUAAAAUAUGAAGAAAGUAGGAGAAAUAAAAAAGAUUCCAAUUCUGUGUACAAACGUCUAUCUGCUCAUAUAGUUUUAGAUCUCCCAGACCUGUCUGAGUUCUCCAUGGUACGUGAGACCACUAACCGAAUCGAGAAUAUGAUGGCUCAUGCUAGGGGCUCAUCAGCCGAACUCCACAGAUCACAUACAACUUUACAUUGAAUUGUAACUGUAUGGUUGUUGUGUUCAAUUAAUAUGGAAUUUGUGUUCAUGGUUGCAUAUAAGAGAGGCACUAUAGUAAACAUGAAUAUUAAGCUUAUUUUUUGGUCUCAGUAAUGUAUACAAAAAAACUAUUGAUAAACAUGCUGUAGCAUAGGUCUAGUGACAAUAUCUUUUGUUUGUUUAUGUCAUGUUUGAGCCAAAAUAAUAGAGGUCUCUCUAAGCCAAAUUGGAAAUGAUUAUUGCUUCCCUAAGUGGUUUGAUUUAAAGUUGAAAAUGGUUUAUCAAAUUUGAUUACUCGAUAGAGGUGUCAUUUUACUAAAAACAUCAGAAUAAAUACAUUGAUGAGUACUGAUUGGAUCUUUCAGUGCUGAUGAUUAAUGCGGGCCUCUUCUAGUUGUAGCCUGUCAUGGAUGAUAUUGGGAUUAUGAAAAAAAUGUAGGAAAUGUUGUAUUUUAUUGUAUAUUAUCCAACAAAAUUGCAGGUGCAUUUUGAAUGAUUACUUGCAAGUAUUUUAGAUCUUUACUAUUUCUUGCAUUUAUCUAAAUCAUCCUAUUACUUAGGUUUUGGCAAUCAAAUAAUUUAACUUUUUAGUUUUAUUAUUAAUCUUAUACACAUUGGUAGACUGCACCUGAAAGAAACAACUCACUGUAUUUAAAAGUUACACCAUGUCAUUAAUAACGUGGUAAGAUUUUAGAGUCAAUUUUGCAAUCACCAAAUAGGGUAUAUUAUAACCAGUCAUAGCCUUACUAUUUACGAAGUUUUAUGAAAAUGAUUUGGUGAUUAUGAAAUUAUCAACAUUGAGAGUAUCCUAGUCAAUUAAUGUCCAAUCUCUGUGUCCCGUUACAUUGGUAUUAUACAAGCAAGCAUUUUUUUUAAAUCUUUUGUAAUGUAUCAUGGCACCCCUCAUUCACUAUGUUAGAAAUUUAGCUAGUACCUCGACCAUUUGCCCUUAGCACACUUCCUCCGCGAAAUGAAUCGCAAAUCCACUCCACGUUCCGCUCAUCGGACUUGACUAUAUUCACUACAUUACAUCGCAAAUCGAGCAAGAGCACAUUACUAUCAAAGUUUGAAUACAAUGUGCUGAGUGCGAGUUUUUUGAUGUGACAACGUCUUAUAAUUCGAUGGAGCCGGCUGCACGCACGAAAAAACGUGACUCAUGCG